CACGGCAAAGGGUGGAUUUCUGAACCUCACCAAACAACUCCAGCUAGUCGAGGUUAAUGAUUGGCUGCCGAGACAACCAUGGCGGUGCUCAAGAUCGUUGCGCCUGUCCUCAUCGCUGUCCUCGUUUACUAUGCCUAUACCUGGGAAAGCUUCUCCGAAGUGCAGAACAUCUGCAUCAUGGGCGGCUGAUGUUGACCAUCUCCUCUCUGUCUCCAGAAAUGGUGCGAGGGAAACGGGUCCUGGUGACGGGGUCAAGCACAGGGAUAGGGGAACAAAUGGCCUAUGAGUUCGCCUGGAUGGGGGCCCAUUUGAUGCUGACAGCGAGGAAUGAGACACGCCUCCAGAAGGUAGUCCAGAAUUGUCUGAAACUGGGAGCCGCCUCUGCUUCGUACGUCGUUUCAGAUAUGAGUGACUUGGCUUCUGCCCGGAAUGUUGUGGAAGAAACCAAGAAGGUCUUGGGGGGGCUUGAUCUGCUGGUUCUGAAUCAUGUCGGUGGAAAAAUCGGUUUUGGCCCGUACCAAGGAGACAUGGAAUCUGUGAUCAGCUCCAUGACGGUCAACUUCUUCAGCUACGUCCAGGUCACCGUGUCGGCCCUGAGCAUGUUGCAAGAGUCCCGUGGCAACAUCAUCGUGGUAUCGUCCAUAUGCGGCCGCCUUCCAUCCCCUUUCUCCGUUCCAUAUGCCGCCAGCAAAGCUGCGCUGGAAGGAUUCUACAGCUCCUUGCGGACAGAGCUGCGCCUUCGGGAAAUCAACAUGCCCAUCACGGUUGCCGUGUUGGGGUACAUUGACACAGACUCAGCUAUGAGGUCGGUAGAAGGCAAGAUCUCCAUGAAGCCAAGUUCGAAAGAGCUCUGCGCCCAGGCCAUCGUGAGGGGCGGCGUCAUGAGGGAGAGGGAAGUUUUUUUCCCUUACUGGCUCACGAAACCUUUGAUGCUCCUCAGAGAUUGGCUGCCAGGAGUCGUGGACCAGAUCAUGAGCAACAGCUACAUUCUGGAGAAAAUCCUCUGAGAAUUAUUUGUGGGGAAAGUGGAUUAUGAGUGGAUUAUGAAAAGAAUUAUGAGUGGGAAAACAGGCACUGGCCAGGCACUGGCCAGAUCCUUUAAAGCAGGGGUUGGCAAGGCUUACCAGGCAUGGGCCGGAUCACUCCCGCAGAGAUCCUGUGGGCCGAGCUGACGCAGCACGAUGCCAGAAAUUACAUCUGCACACAUGUCCGCAGGUGCUGCAAAUUAUUGGGGGCUGCUUUCUGGUGCAUUUCUCAAUCUCUCUCUCUUGAAUAUUCAACAGUGUUUUAAGUGCAAAUCUCACCUAAUAAACACAUUUUUUUCUGCAGUUCUAACUCA